CGAAAAGUAGAUACAGCGCAGCUGCAACAGCGGAGUCCUGAGGGGGUUCGGCUAACCCACCGGACCGGAGCCUUCUGGAGCUCUACACUGAGGGAAUAGUGACCAAGAUGUGGAAUAGUGGAUUUGAAAGCUAUAGCAGCUCCUCCUUUGGGGGAGCCGGCGGCUACACACAGUCCCCUGGGGGCUUUGGAUCACCGACACCUUCCCAGGCUGAAAAGAAAUCUAGAGCCCGAGCUCAGCACAUUGUACCCUGUACCAUAUCUCAGCUGCUUUCUGCUACUCUGGUUGAUGAAGUGUUCAAAAUUGGGAAUGUUGAGAUUUCACAGGUGACUAUUGUGGGGAUAAUCAGACAUGCAGAGAAGGCUGCAACCAACAUUGUUUACAAAAUAGAUGACAUGACAGCUGCACCCAUGGAUGUCCGCCAGUGGGUUGACACAGAUGAUGCCAGUGGUGAAAACACUGUGGUUCCUCCAGAAACAUAUGUGAAAGUAGCUGGUCAUCUGAGAUCUUUUCAGAACAAGAAAAGCCUGGUCGCUUUUAAGAUCAUGCCCCUGGAGGAUAUGAAUGAAUUCACCACACAUAUUCUAGAAGUAGUCAAUGCACACAUGCUGCUGAACAAGUCUAACAGCCAGCUCCUAGCAGGGAGAGUACCUGUCAGCAAUCCAGGAAUGGGUGAAGUUGGGAGCUUUGGUGGGAAUAGCUUCAUGCCAGCAAAUGGCCUCACUGUGGCCCAGAACCAGGUGCUGAAUUUAAUUAAGGCUUGUCCCCGGCCUGAAGGACUGAACUUUCAGGAUCUCAAGAACCAGCUCCAACACAUGAGUGUAGCCUCGAUCAAGCAAGCUGUGGAUUUUCUAAGCAACGAGGGACACAUCUAUUCAACUGUGGAUGAUGAUCAUUUUAAAUCCACAGAUGCAGAAUAACUGGAUCUAACCGGGUACCUGAGAUAUUUUCCAGCUGGACCUAUUUUCGCAAUCUGUUGUCUCCAGCUGUGCGUAUAUUUGGCAAGUUGACUCUAGGAAGUAAAUUUCCUGUAUAAAAGGUCUCAACUGACAUCCUUUUGAAACUUACUCCUCUUCUGUUUUUUGAAGCUCAAAGGGAUAUAAAUGAGGGCAGAAUUUCUUAAAGAAAUUACAACUUAGUUACAGCAUCAGGUCAGAUGGAAUUGGAAGAGGGAGGAUCCCAGAGAGUUGGGUGGUGUUACUUAAAUAAUACUCAGGAGUUUGUGUUCCUAAAUUGUUUCCUGUUGAGAGAAGAUGAGCAGGACUAAAGACCGUCAGCAGAGGUAGCCAAGAGGCCCACUAACUUCUGCCUGUUUCUGUUCCCCGCUUUAAUUGUGUGUUGUUACUUUUAGAACUGCACUUUCAUCUUGUCAUAAUAAUUGCUGCCGCAAGUGUGUUUUUUUUAAACAUAAGGUUCUUGAGUGGUGACUUCGUGGGGCAGAAUAAAGGAUGAUGUGUUACCCUGUUUUGUACAAAAUAAGUGCAUUUAUGUGUUUAAUAAAAUAGUUCUAUUAUUGCGGUAA